AUGCCUACUGAAGAUGGAAAAGUUUUAAGGAUAUGUUGGCUGGAAUAUAUAUCAAUCAUCUUAUGUAAUUUCAUAGGAACAUUAGCAGCAAGUGUUCUUCUUUUUCCUUCAUUUAUAUCUCAAAAUUCUUCAAGAUUGAAUCAUUUAAAUACACAACGAUUUUUAAUUAUAUUUUUUAUUAUUUUAAUUGGUAAUUCCGGUGGAUUAUUAAGUCCACUUGGUGAUCCUCCAUUAUAUAUGGGUUAUACUAAUGGCGUAGAAUUUUUAUUUACAUUUAAAUAUCUUUAUAAAAUAUUUAUUGUUGUAAAUGGAUAUAUAUUAUUUAUAUUUGCAUUGAUUGAUUUUAUAAAUGUAUGGUUUUAUCAACGAAAACAAAAGAAUAAUAAUGAUCAAUCAUAUGAAUUAGUACCUUGUAAAGAAAAAAUAAAUGAUCGUUAUAAUCUUUCAUCAUCAUUACCUAUUCAAUGGAAUGGAAUUCAUCAUAUUUUUUUUCUUUUAUUAAUUCUAAUUGUUAUUUUAUUCAAAGGUUUUAAUAUUCCAAUAAAAUGGCCUGAAUAUAUUCAAGAAAUUAUUUUAUUUUUAAUAACAUUUGUAUGUAUUUGUUUUGAUAUUAUUUGGAAAAAACAAACACCAAAAGAAUGGUUGAAAAACAAUUAUUCAACACGUAUUGAACCUGUUGCAGAAGUUAUUAUUAUUUUUUUUGGAUUAUUAUUUACAAUGUCAGCACCAAUUACCAUUUUAGCAAAUUUAAAUCUUCAAUUUGAACCAAAACAUUUAUUUUUAUUCUCCGGUAUAUUUGCUUCAGUUCUUGAUAAUGCUCCAGUUUAUAUUAGUUUUGCAGCAAGUGCUGCUGCACAAUAUAAUAUAACUGUUGAUCAAUCUAACAACAAUGGUUUUCUUGCUGUAUUCUUUUCUUAUUAUGAAACUGAUGCAAUUAAAACCAUUCGUGCAAUAUCAGCUGGAUCUGUUUUAAUGGGUGGAUGUACUUUAAUUGGUAAUUCACCUAAUAUGAUUAUAGCAUUGAUGGCUACUCGUUAUACUUAUCGUAUACGAACGAAAAUGUAUCAAUCAAAAAAUAAAGAGAGUACUGAAGAUGAUUUAAUUACAUAUCAUCUUGAGAAUAUUAGUUUUAUUCGAUCACUUGUUACAGCUUGUCUCAUACUAAUUCCUAUUUUUGUUGUUGUAGCUUUUUUUAUGUUGUAA